ACGCGGUGGCCGGAGCCUUGGCUGGCUCAGUAGCGUCACGCGGGGGCGCUGCAGCCGGGUCUCGCGGAGGUGGAGCAGGGGACUCGAGGCAGCAUGGAUCCUGAUGGCUCUGAGCAAGAUCCUGAAACGAAGAAAUAUUCUUCUGUCUGUGUUGGCAGAGAAGAAGAUAUUAAAAAAUCUGAUAGAAUGACAGCUGUUGUCCAUGAUAGAGAAGUGGUCAUUUUCUACCACAGAGGAGAAUAUCAUGCUAUGGAUAUUCGCUGUUACCACUCAGGAGGACCUUUACAUUUAGGAGAAAUAGAGGAAUUUGAUGGACGAUCAUGUAUAGUUUGCCCCUGGCAUAAAUACAAAAUUACUUUGGCCACAGGAGAAGGACUAUAUCAGUCUAUAAACCCUAAAGAUCCAUCAGCAAAACCCAAGUGGUGCUCCAAAGGAAUAAAGCAAAGGAUUCACACAGUGACAGUGGACAAUGGGAAUAUUUAUGUGACUCUUUCUAAUGAGCCUUUUAAGUGUGACUCUGAUUUUUAUGCCACUGGAGUCUUCAAAGUAAUUCAGAGUUCUUCCUGAUAAAAUU